AUGUCGCAAGCCGAGCUGGCCGCCUGGCUAGAGUCCCGAGACGCGCACUGGUGCUCGCAGUACCAGGCGGCGCCGGCGCCGGCGCGGGACGAGGAGUCGGAGAUCGUGGCGCAGUUCCUGGCGGCGCCGUACCCGUACCCGUACCCGUACCAGAACGACGAGCUGGGCGUGGUCAGUGCCACCACCAGCGCCACGUACUGGCCAGAGCCGUGCCACGUCACGGUCACUGGACCCGGCGCCGCCGACACCAGCAACAGCAACAGCAGCGCCAGCGGCGCCGGCACCGGGGCGUACUUCUUCGAUAGCAGCGGCUGCUGCUGCUACUACGACCUCGCCGAGCCGGACGUGUCUAUCGGGAUCAACACGCUCGCGACGCUGCCAUGCUCGCCCUCCAUUGACCUCAACCUUCUCGGGGACGGGGGGGAGAGGAGCGCGUGCGUCGACAACCCGAUCCCACCCGACCCUUCGCCGCAGCCGAAGCGGAAGGUCCAGGCCGGCCGGGACGGAGAAGAUCUUGGACGGCACAAGAAGAAGAGUCGCGCUUCGGCUAAUAAGCAUGAAAAGAAAGCUGCACCCAAAACGUCGCAGAAGUGUAGUCAGGAGAGUUCGCAACAAAGCAGAGGCAGCUGUUCGGGCGACGAGUCCAAUUGCACCGACGUGAACCGCCGCUUGGGGGCUCACGGCGGCGGCGGCAAUGCUAAGGCCCGGGCAGCCAAAGGGUCGGCGACCGAUCCCCAGAGCCUCUACGCAAGGAGAAGAAGGGAAAGGAUCAAUGAGAGUCUCAAGAUUCUGCAGAAACUGGUGCCGAAUGGAACCAAAGUCGACAUCAGCACCAUGCUGGAGGAGGCAGUUCACUACGUCAGGUUCCUGCAGCAGCAGAUCAAGAUGCUGAGUUCUGAUGAGAUGUGGAUGUACGCACCCAUCGCCUACAAUGGCAUGAGCCUAGGAAUCGACUUGAAGAUUUCUCCUCAGCGAUCGACUUGA